CAGUAGGCCUUCUGACCAAAUCAACAACGAUCAGUGAACUAACCGGCAAGAUCACGAUGAAACAUGCAGGAGUCCAGAUUGCAGAAAUUACUGAGCAUUUGUUUUUGAGCGGACGUGGUGCUAUCACCUCGGAACGUCUGUCAAUGUUGGGAAUCACACACGUUCUAAAUGUAGCCGAGGAAAUCCAUAACAUGACCUACCCUUCCGACUACCCUCUCAUCUGUCACUUAAUCGCCAUGAAGGAUAACUCUGAUGAAAAUAUUCUCAGUUCUGUGGAUAAGUGUUUCGACUUUAUUUGUGAUGCUAUCAAUACAGGUGGGAGAAUUUUGGUUCACUGUGUUGCGGGUGUGAGUAGAUCCGCCAGUAUCUGUAUCAUGUAUCUGAUGAAGUACAACAACCUUUCCCUACAGGAGGCUUACAAGCCAUGUCCUGAGUUGUCGAGAUUGUAUCUAUCCCAACACUGGCUUCUGGAGGUCAAUGAUCGAGUUUGAAUUUGACCUAAGGGGAGAGAACACAGUAGAGAUGCGACCCUAUAUUUUUGGUUGGCGACCAAGUGUUUUUCCUGCAGAUUUACCAUUCUUGUUGCGAGGAUGGAUGGAUUACAU